CCUUGCAACGCCGCCCCCUCGGAAGCGAGUCAUGGUGGCGGCAGUGGCGGUGGCGUGGCUGCUGCUGUGGGCCGCGGCCUGCGCGCAGCGAGAGCAGGACUUCUACGACUUCAAAGUGGUCAACAUUCGGGGCAAGCUGGUGUCACUGGAGAAGUACCGCGGCACAGUGUCUCUGGUGGUGAACGUGGCUAGCCAGUGUGGCUUCACAGACCAGAACUACCGAGACCUGCAGCAGCUGCAGAGGGACCUGGGUCCCCGCCACUUCAACGUGCUUGCCUUCCCCUGCAACCAGUUUGGCCAGCAGGAGCCCGACAGCAACAAAGAGAUCGAGAGCUUUGUCCGCAGCACCUACAGCGUCUCUUUCCCCAUGUUCAGUAAGGUAGCUGUCACAGGCACUGGUGCCCACCCUGCCUUCAAGUACCUGAUAGAGAUUUCUGGGAAGGAGCCCACCUGGAACUUCUGGAAGUACCUGGUGGCCCCAGAUGGAAAGGUAAUCGGGGCCUGGGACCCCACUGUGUCCGUGGAGGAGAUCCGGCCCCACAUCACAGCGCUGGUGAGGAAGCUCAUCCUACGGAACCGGGAAGACCUCUAGCCAUGAGCCCUCUUCUCCCAGCCACCUGUGCCGCCAUGACCAAAGCAAACCAAAGGUGCUUCAAGGGAGACACCCACUGGGUCUCCUUCAUUCCCUCUUACUCCACCCAACCCAGUACUCUUGGAAGGCAAAAAUGCUGGUGAUUUGAAGAUUUGAAUCUUAGAGCAACCACUAGGAGUGCUGGCCAGUGAGAGCCCUGGACCAGUGAGUCACUGGCCAGUAAGAACCUCUAACCAAUGAGAAUCUGUGGCCAUCAGAAGUAUAUGAAGCAAUAACCUUCCACUCAGUGAGACCUGUAAAAUGGGCCAAUGCCUACCUCACAGGGCUGUUGUGGGGACUAGGAUAAAAUACCUAUGGAAGUGUCGGGCUGUGCUAACUAAAUAAGAGAAAUUCAAUAAAGAUUUUUUGCAUAUAAA